AUGACUAAAAACCCUCGUAUUGGUAACCAUUCAUACCCUAAUAAAAGCGACCGGUCGAGUACAAUCAUGGGGACGUCAACUGGAAACUUAUCGUUUGCUUCUACCGAGUCAAAUGAACGGGCGCCGAGCAAUAACCCACACACUGCUCUUCCUUCAAUUAAUCAAAAUAAUCCGAGUCCAUAUCCUAACGCUUCUGGGUAUUCUCAGAACUUGAUGGGGGUGAAUCCGUAUAGUCCAUAUGGCAGCAUGCAGUUGCAGUCUCAAAUGAGUCAACUGACACCGCAGAUGGUAGCAUCAAACGAUACGAAUUCACAAGCUGCUUCCAAAGGUAGACUUAGAGUGAGUAAAGCAUGCGACAGAUGCCGGAAUCAAAAGAUAAAAUGCCUGGGAACUAUGCCAUGUAAUAGUUGUGUUCGGCAUAAGAAGGAAUGUAAAUUCUCUUCUCAAUUACAGUCGCAUAUUCAGGCUCAAGCUUUGAAGAAUCAGAAACUAAAUGAUCCCAGUUUUGAGACAUAUGGCCUACCAAUAGUCUCAAAAACCAAUGAUAAGUCUUAUGUUGAUUUCUUAGAAAACAGGGUUCAGUAUUUGGAAAAUUUGUUAGCUGAUGACUCUAAGUCCGUUUUUAAAAGUAUAUCGAAUACCAAGCAAGAAGAUAUGCCAGAUGAUGGAAUAUUAUAUGCACCAAGUUCAAAAUGGAGGUAUCUGAGAAGACAUCAGAAAUGCUUGGUUGUUGAUCUAUGCAAAAAGUUGUAUGAUUCUCUCACGGAUGAUCUGAAAAAAAGCGUUAGUAUUCCCAGAAAUCAAUACUUUGGAUGGAAUAUGUCAGGUACUACCUAUGCUACAACAGAUAACUUACCUGAGCAUCCUAUUUUUUCGUUGUCGGAAGAUUCUAUGUUUUAUAUUGACUUUUUUUUCAAAGAGAUUAACCCUCUAUUUGCAAUUCUCCAUGAAACGGUUUUCAGAGAGCAGAUGGAUGCUUACAACGCAUUGGUUAAUGAGGAACGAAAGCUCAGCUUAGAUAAUGAGGGCCAUAUGAAGGAGGUGGACUCGAAGACAAAUCAAACAAGGUUGUUUACAGCGAUGUUGUAUUUAGUUUAUGCGCUCUCUAUCCGUUUCAUCGAGUUUCAAAAGCAAGAAGGUCCUUCUUUAGAUCAAUUGAAUGUUGAGAAGACAUUGUUCAAAUACAGUCAUCAAGUUAUUUCAAUCUUAAGCUUUGAAUGGGAGGCUUUCGAAUUGGUCCAGAGCUGGCUCUUGAUCACUCUUUAUCUUCGCAUAACUCAUCGACAAAAUUCCUCUUAUCAUGCAUUGGGGCAAGCAUUGACAAUGACAAAGUCCAUGGGAUUGGGCCAAAACUAUCAUAGACUUAAAGUUGCUUCACCAUAUGAACAAAGCAAAGCUAAGCGAAUAUUUUGGUCAGUCUAUACAAUGGACCGAGUCCUUGGUCUUCAGUAUGGACGAUACUGUGGCUUGGGAGAUGCGGAUGUCACUCUCAAAUUUCCUUCCAUGAAGUACGACGAGGAGUCUGAAAAGGAUGACUGGAUAACAUUACCAGCUUUUGCUAUGAUACAUAUAGCUAGAGUAGCAAACUUUGUGCACACUAGUGCCACAGAUAAUCCAAUGUUGAUAAAAUAUCAACAAAUAAAUCUUCAGUUGAGUGAAUUGAAAGACUGGUUAGAAGUUAAUGGUUUCAGUAAUGAACAAUUAUACAAUCCUAAUCUGUCCGAUGAAGUGAGCUCGGUAGUGAAGACUCAAGUAAGGUUACAUUAUUACGACUUGGUUAAUUGUAUACAUGGGAAAGUUCUUCUAAAUUUUAUUGGUAGAAAAAUUGCGAAUCCAGGAUUGAAAAUAUCGAUGGUUUUAGAUUCAUGUCAAGGAAUUGUUGAUGUCUUAGAAAAAACAAAAGAGGCUGGUUUCUUGUAUACCCCAUGGUAUUCUGUAUUAUUACUUCUUUUUAACGCCGGUGUCUAUGCUAUUACAUUGAUUAGUACUGGAUUAUUAAGAAAUGGUGCCAAAGAAGUGUUUAAAAAAGUCAUUGAUUUGUUGAAUGUAAUUCAAAGUGCGGCGGUUAUAAAUUCUAAAGGAAGAGUUCUAAUAAAAGAAAGAUUUACCAUGGCAAAAGAGUGUUCUUGGGCGCUAAAGAUGGCUAAUCACAUGCUCUCUCUUAGGUUGCAAGAAGAUGUACAUGAUUUGAACGAAAUUGGUAUCAACCAUGGAUCUGCUGAUGUAAAUAAGGAAGUCUUUAGUCAAUUUGGUAAAGAUGCAGACAAGCAAACGUCUGAUGACUCUAAGGAUCAGUUCUCGGAGGUGUUUAACAGGAAGGUUCACAAAAGCAUUAAAGGGAAAGGCUUCGAUAAGGUACCAGAUGACACAAGUAAUACACCAUCCACGGGUGACGAGCUCCCUAAUCUAUUACAUGAUAAUGACUUAUUUGCAAACUUGCAAUGGUUUGAUCAAUGGCUUGACUUUGGAUAUGACAUCUAG